UUAAGUACUUAACCCGAGGUACCACUGUAUACACAAUACUGGCAUCCCAGCAAUAAACCCCCUGCCCCUGCUAAAUAUGCCCGUAACCUACUUCUCUCGGAUUCAACUAUAAAACAUAAUAGACAUCUAAUAAUAUAGUGCACAUCUAAUUAUAUGUUUCAUUAAUUUCCCUCAUAUACUUGAUUCUACAUGCCGGAGUAUGAAUGACUGGCAGGUAGAGAAAGAUUUCCAUAGAAGUUUGGCACAAUGUUCCAAUGGCGGACCACAAACCACUUAGGAGUCUGAAAGAGCAGACCAGGCUGAAAUCCAGUGCCCAAUGGGAUAAAACAAUAUUAAUGGAUAAAAGGAUUGAUUCUCGUUUAAUGACGAAUCCUAUUCCCCCCUCCCUCCUUCCCUACAAAUCUCUCUGGUCCAUGGUUUGCUGACCCGUAUCGCAGGAUGCUCAUGCAAUCAACCAGGUUCCGCCAUUUAAACUAAGCAUCUCCCAUCAAUCACAGGCAUCUCUUGCGCACAAAGGUCUUGAAACAACGGGCAUCUUCCCAUUGUCUCAAUGUCGGCAAAUUUUUGGGUGUUUUUUCUUUUCUAAAAUGACAAUUGGCUUAAGGUAUUAAUAUAAAAAGUAGGUGGCUGCAUCUAAUGAUUUUUUCCUCCGAGUAAUCUGAACCAUCUGCCUCUGGAUACUAAGGAGUUCACUGCGCUAAUCCAGAUUAUGGCUGACAAACUGUUUUCGGCGUAGAGUUUCCUCUAGCUCCGUGCCCUUCAAGAUCUGUGUGUAAGGCUGUAGAAAUUCCAUUUGCCGAAUAGUUUACUCUUUUUUCUUUCGAGGUCCACGUCUCUCUGCUCUUGGCUGGUUUUUCAAAUUUCGGAAGGGAGCCGGUUUUGGGGCGAAAGCAAAGAAGAACAUGGCUUUCCUAAUGAAAAGCAUGUUGAGCAACCAAGUGAAAAAUUUGGGACUUGGUGGAGGGGGUGACGAGGCCAAGGAAGAGGCAGCCCCCGCUGACCCAGCUGCAGCCGCAGGGAUGACCCGGGAAGAAUAUGAGGAAUAUCAGAAGCAAGUGAUAGAAGAAAAGAUGGAAAGAGAUGCAGCCUUUGCAACAAAAAAGGCCGAGAGAGCCGUCCUGAGGGUCCAUUUGCGAGAGAAGUACAGACUCCCAAAGGUAAGAUCAGAUGUGUUUGGGGUUUGGUUUUUUUAA